AUUCUACCGGUCACCACAGGUUAUCCUCAACAAAAGAGCUUGAGAGAUGCCAACUUUGCAUUGAGUUCAAAUAAGCGAGAAGAACAUUUGGUUAAACUAUUUGAAAAUAAUCCAACAAAUGACCAAAAUCACAACCCACCACGCGUGAAAAACAUCUUCCAAACGCUCCAAAGAUCUUUAGGUCACAUUGCAGAGGAGAAGAGGGAUAAAGAAUCCUCUCUAUUCAACAGGGAUGUAAGUGAUGAGCAGUUAACAACCAUAAAUAAAGGAACAGUUCAAGAAGCAAUCAGUCCAGAUGUUCCAAGCAGGAGUAUGCCAUGCGCACAGCUUCUGCGCUUUCUGUAGAGGGACAUCAGCGUCGCCGCUGUCUCGGUGGCAGGAAUCCUCACGGCCACAGUGUCGCUGCUGCUGGUGUUGGUCACGUACAUCAGGAAGAAACAGCCAUUAUCUCCUCCAGCAAACAUGACCUACAGUAUUUUUAUAAUGAAUGGAAAGACUUGGUGGCAAAAGUCUCAAGCAAAGAAGACCAGAAAACAUGGAGGAAAACAGGAACAGUUGAAGUUACAGUCCAGUGUCUAAGCCAGGUGAUGGGGCCAGCCAACCAGCACCCAAAGCCGUGACGCGAGGCGAUUCUCCAUCCGGACUCCGUGGAGAGGCAGUUGGAUUUCUGGCUGUGAGGUGCACGCUGCAAAAUGUUUACCUUUUCCUCUCAACUUUGAAUGGACCAAGAAAAUUUUGACCACAGAAUGCUCAUAAUGGUAAUGACUAGUACGGGAGACUUAGCACAUUUCCCCAAAGACUGACCUGACACACAAUGGAUUCAUUUAUUAUAGCAGUGCUUCAUUUUCUCAGCCGUUCACUGAACAGAUAUGAAUUGAGCACCCCAUAUACAGACAA